GGGCAGGAAGCAGCGGCGCCCGCCGCACAUUUCCCUGCCUGCGGGAGGAUUUCACCGCGCUCAGCCCCGCAGCAAAACCUGGCUGGGGCUGGGCUGAGCUGCCCCCAGCACGGGCACCGCCGAUUCAGGACAGCCCUGCCCGCACUGCCUGGCUCUGCCUCUGAGGACUGUGAGCGCUGAAAAUGGGAAGAUCCCAAGUUUUUCCCUCCAACCACUGCCUGCUGCUGCUGCUGCUGCUGGCCGGGCUGAGCUGUGCCCAGUACGAGCCCUGGCCGUACCUGCCCGGCUACCCCGAGCCGCCCCCCCAGGUGUUCCAGCCGCCCCAGAGAGCCCCAGACGUGCCCAAAAUCCAGCUGAGGCUGGCGGGGCAGAAGAGGAAGCACAACGAGGGCAGGGUGGAGGUGUUCUACGGCGGAGAGUGGGGCACCGUGUGCGACGACGACUUCUCCAUCCACGCCGCCCACGUGGUGUGCCGGGAGCUGGGCUACGUGGAGGCCGUGUCCUGGCUGCCCAGCUCCAAGUACGGGAAAGGAGAAGGGAAAAUCUGGCUGGACAACGUGCACUGCACGGGCAAGGAGAGCAGCCUGGCCGCCUGCAGCUCCAACGGCUGGGGCGUGAGCGACUGCAAACACACCGAGGACGUGGGCGUGGUGUGCAGCGAGAAGAGGAUCCCAGGCUUCAAGUUUGACAACUCCCUGAUUAACCAAAUCGAGAACAUGAACAUCCAGGUGGAGGACAUCCGGAUCCGCGCCAUCCUGGCCACCUACCGCAAGCGGGUCCCUGUCACCGAGGGCUAUGUGGAGGUGAAGGACGAGGGCACCUGGAAGCAGAUCUGUGACAGGCACUGGACCAUGAAGAAUUCCCGCGUGGUCUGCGGGAUGUUUGGCUUCCCCAGCGAGAGGAAAUACAACACCAACGUCUACAAGAUGUUUGCCAGCAGAAGGAAGCAGCACUACUGGGCUUACUCCAUGGAGUGCAGCGGGAGCGAGGCCCACAUUUCCAGCUGCAAACUGGGGAACCACCUGACGGGCGCAGGGAAGAACGGCAGCUGUGACAACGGGAUGCCCGCGGUCGUCAGCUGCGUGCCCGGCCGCGCCUUCGCCCCCAGCAGCCACAGCAGCUUCCGAAAGGCCUUCAGGCAGGAGCAGCCCCUGGUGAGGCUGAAGGGAGGAGCCAACACGGGCGAAGGCCGCGUGGAGGUGCUGAAGAACGGGGAGUGGGGCACGGUGUGCGACGACAACUGGAACCUGGUGUCGGCCAGCGUGGUGUGCCGGGAGCUGGGCUUUGGCAGCGCCAAGGAGGCCAUCACGGGAGCCAGGCUGGGCCAAGGAAUGGGACCCAUCCACCUGAACGAGAUCGACUGCACGGGCUUUGAGAAGUCAGUCACAGACUGCAAGUUCAACACCGAGUCCCAGGGCUGCAACCACGAGGAAGAUGCUGCUGUGAGGUGCAACGUGCCAGCCAUGGGCUUCCAGAACCAGCUUCGCCUGAGCGGGGGCCGCAACCCCUACGAGGGGCGCGUGGAGGUGCUGGCCGAGCGCAACGGGACCCUGAGGUGGGGCACGGUCUGCAGCCACAACUGGGGCACCGUGGAGGCCAUGGUGGUGUGCCGGCAGCUGGGGCUGGGCUUCGCCAGCCACGCCUUCCAGGAAACGUGGUACUGGCACGGGGACGUCAGCGCCGAUGACGUGGUGAUGAGCGGGGUGAAGUGCUCGGGGACAGAGAUGUCCCUGUCCCACUGCCGGCACGACGGCGCCCACGUGUCCUGCCCCAGGGGAGGGGGGCGCUUCGGGGCCGGCGUGUCCUGCUCCGAGACCGCCCCUGACCUGGUGCUGAACGCGGAGCUGGUGGAGCAGACGGCCUACCUGGAGGACAGGCCCAUGUUCCUGCUGCAGUGUGCCCUGGAGGAGAACUGCCUGGCCAGCUCGGCCCACAACACCUCGCUGACCUCGGGCUACCGGCGCCUGCUGCGCUUCAGCUCCCAGAUCCACAACAACGGCCAGUCCGACUUCAGGCCCAAGAACGGCCGCCACGCCUGGGUGUGGCACGACUGCCACCGGCACUACCACAGCAUGGAGGUGUUCACCCACUAUGACCUCCUGAACCUCAAUGGCACCAAGGUGGCCGAGGGACACAAGGCCAGCUUCUGCCUGGAGGACACCGAGUGCGAGGCAGACGUGCAGAAGCAGUACGAGUGUGCCAACUUUGGGGAGCAGGGGAUCACCGUGGGCUGCUGGGACGUUUAUCGGCACGACAUCGACUGCCAGUGGAUCGACAUCACCGACGUCCCCCCCGGGGAUUACCUCUUCCAGGUCGUGAUCAACCCCAACUAUGAGGUGGCAGAGUCGGAUUAUUCCAACAACGUCAUGAAAUGCCGGAGCCGCUACGACGGGCAGCGCAUCUGGAUGUACAACUGCCACAUAGGUGGUUCCUUCAGCGAGGAGACGGAGCAGAAGUUCGACCACUUCAGGGGACUCACAAAUAACAACGUGGCUGCCCGGUAGAAUUCCCACUCAGUUAAGGCAGCCAGGACUCCUGCUCCGGCCCUUCCCAACCACUGCCCCAGGACAUGGAGCCUCCACCAAACUCGGAAUUCCAGCUCAAUCGCUCCUGGAGAAGCCUCUCCCUGCCCAGUUUAGGUGCUCGGGCCACCCCUCGGUGCCUCCUGCAAUUCCAGCUCUCCUCAGCUCUUCACCAUUCCAAAGAUUCCUCCCACAUUCUGCAGCACUCCUCGCCUCAGGCUGGGUGCCAGCCACCCAAAAGUGCCUCCAUCCUUCACUUCCAAGGCGUUCUUUGGGAAUUUCCAGCUCUUUCCCACUCCCAGCGCCUGUUUGUGCUGCUGCUUCCUGCACUCCUCCUCAGCACUGACUCCAGUUUGGCAAGGAAACAGAAGGAAAGGAAAAAUUUUAAAAAAACAACAAAAACCAGGAAAAAAGGAGCAGCUUUUUGUGAGCAGAACAGUGAAAAGCUGAAUUUAAUACUGCAGUGAAACACUCGGAUCCAACAACGGCCACGCUCCGGAGGGGAGCCAACGCAGAACCUGGAAUUUCACAGGGAAUUUCAAAUGGAAUUUCAAUUUCACAGGGAAUUUCAUAUGGAAUUUCACAGGGAAUUUCAAUUUCACAUGGAAUUUCAAAUGGAAUUUCACAGGGAAUUUCACAGGGAAUUUCAAUUUCAGAGGGAAUUUAAUAUGUAAUUUCACAGGGAAUUUCAAAUGGAAUUUCAAAUGGAAUUUCAAUUUCACAGGGAAUUUCAUAUGGAAUUUCACAGGGAAUUUCAAAUGGAAUUUCAAUUUCACAGGGAAUUUCAUAUGGAAUUUCACAGGGAAUUUCAAUUUCACAGGGAAUUUCAUAUGGAAUCUCAUAUGGAAUUUCAAUUUCACAGGGAAUUUCACGUGUAAUUUCACAGGGAAUUUCACAGGGAAUUUCACAGGGAAUCUCAUGGAAUCUCCCAGGGAAUCACAGCUCCCUGAAGUGACCCAGAACUCAGCAGAUUCCCGGGCUGAGGCCCCUGGGCUGGGAAUUCCCAUCCCACAGGGCCCCUCCGCACCCACCAGGUGCUGUGCCCAUGCAAGAACCACCUCCUGACUGGAUAUUCCAUCUUUUUUUAAAGGAUGAAUCAUCCCUGUGCACCUUGCAGAGGGAAUUUCUGCCUCUCAUCCCCAGGGAUCUGCUCCUGUGGGAAUUCCUCUGUUUGUCUGAGGACACACUUUGCCCACAGAGCUCCAAUAAAAAUCUUUUCCCUGGGGAAAAAAAAAAAAAUAUCACUUUAGAAGCCCUUGGUGUAUUUUCUCCUCACAAUUCAUGGAAGUUUGGGGGUUUUCCCCCCUCUCCUACAAUCAAAGUUACCUGGAAUUCCAGCUGAUUCCACAGGGAAUUCCAAACUUCCCCCAAAUCCCCACCUCACAGGGAGGUUGUGAGGCUUAAAAAUGCAGAAAUAUUUCGGGUAUUUGUCAUUUCUCCAGUGCUCCAGAGGGUUUUAACAUCCUGGCAAUGGGAAAAUUCCAGUUUUUCCUCAGAAUUCCAGACUGGAGCAGGAGCAGAGCCUGGGGUGGGGGUGGAAGCUCAUUUUAAACCCAGCUCUGGGCACGCCAGCACAGGCAAAUUCCGGAGGUUUUUUCCCUAAUGAGCAGAUCCCAACUUUCCUCACCAACAGGGAAGCUUCAGGCUCUUGAAACUCCGUAAAGAAGGAAAAAAUUCCCUAAAACUUGGAUUCACUGCCUGUCAGUUUUCUGGGAUACCUGAACAGCAACAUCACAACAAACUUGGAACAGACUUUUCAACUCCUGCCCUUGCUUAGAGUUGAAUUUUGGCCCCCAAAAAAAACCCCAAUUUUCUUACUCUCAAUGCCUAUUUUUUGUUGGAAAACGGAGCAGGAAUAAGGAACAAAGAAACCACCUCGUUCCUGCAGCUGCCCCAGACGCUCUGGAAGCCCCAGCACAGAAUUCCAGCACUUUCCAGGGCUCCAAAGAAACCCCACGAGAACUCCCACUCCCUGAAGGAACAGCCCCGUGGCACUGCCUGCUCUGCAUGCAUUUAAUAGCACAGCCAUGCUCAUCUCUACAGCCUCGGGGUUGGGUUUUUUUGGGGUCAUUCCUCCUGCUCCGAGGGUUCUGGCUGGAAAUCCUCGCUCCCCGUGGGCUCCUGGUGCCGCUGCCUCCAGCCCAGGGCGUGGGACAGGAGCCUCCUGGCCACGGCUGUGUCCGUCUGCGGCCUCUCCUUCCCCACAUGAAGCAGCUCUAGGGAAAAAUAGAAAAACAAAAAAUCAAUUUACCCACCUGGGGCAUGGCCAGGGAGAAAUUCGUGCUUAAAUCCCCCAAAAAUCAGCUUUUUUUCCCCUGCUGUUUUAUUCAUUUAUGGACAUCCAGUCUUUCUAUCUCGGUGAAUAAAUUGGGUUUUUUUUUUUCAGGAUGGUGGAAUUCCACGUUUUCCAAUGGGAUUGUUUGGUCGCCAUAAAAGGUUCAGGGCUCUUCUGCUGUGUGGAAAGUUGCUCCCCAUCCUCUUCCAGGAAUUAUUCCUGGCAAAAUUCACAACAUCCCAUCCCUGUGAAUUGGCAAAAUUUCCAACAUCCCAUCCCUGUGAAUUGGCAAAAUUGCCAACACCCCAUCCCUCUCCAUGCGUGGAAAAACCCAGGCAAUUUAUCCAAUUGAAAAUCCAUUUAUCCAAUUGAAACUCCUCAAAACCAGCUGCCCAAAUCCUUGGAAAACAGCAAGGAAAAUUUUAAAAAUCUGCAUUUAAAAUGAUAUCUAAAUAUUUCAGAUAAUUUGGGAAGCCCCUUGGUCAGUGCCCUCCAUCUUUUGGAUUGCUGUAAUUCCAUCUGCAAUGAAAUCCACCAAAACUUCACCAAGUCCACCAAAAUUUGGAUUUGGGGAUUAAUUAAUGAAUCCUUUAUCAAUUUGAAGUUGUUAUCUACACAGCAAGGGGGGGCUCUGUUUGUUUUUCCAGAAGUUUCAUUAAGAGAAAAAAAAAAUUAAAAAAAUUUUAAAAGAGACACUGUCAGCUAAUUAAAAUCCAAAUUUGUGUUUGGCAAAUAAUCAAUUGAAACUGGAUACCAACAGAAUUUAUGUUUAAUUAUAAUAUUUAACUAGUCAUUAAUUGAUUAAAUAAUUAAUUAAAUAAUAAAUUUAAAAUAACUAUAUUUUAGUUUAACCUGAUUCAGAAGAGUGAAUAAAUGAAAAAAACAGAUGAAGGGGAGAUGCAAAUAAACCAAAUUUUUGGAUGUUUCCUUUCAAUCCAGCAGUGCUGAACCUCAGGAAUUUGUCCCUGUGACAGUGUCCCUUUAAAGCACCAAAAUUGGGAUUUAUUCUGACUGCAGUGAGCUGGAAAAACCCGGGAUUGUUGGUUCAGAGUCUCUGCUGCUGCUGAGCUUCAUGGCUUUGCUUUCCUGUGCCAACUGGACCUGAUCAAUCUGAUUGAAAGGCAAUGAAAUCAACCAACCAACCAACCAAUCAAUAAUUAAUCAAUCAAUCAAUGGUAAUCAAUCAACUGGUGUUCAUGGCUCAGCUUCACCAUUCCUCCUUCCUGAAUAAAAUUGUGCCAACCACCAGAUUGGGUUUGUCUGCUUUGGAUUGCCAGGGGGAGAGGGAA